CUUUUACUAGAGCUUGACCUCUCUCUCGAGAGUCUCCGAGUGAACGAUCCCGCCAAAGAGACUGAUAAAGAGUGAGUGUGAAAAAUCAGGAAUAGCUCCAAAACUCGUUAAGCUAAAGAUUCACCGAAGAUGAGUACUAUGAAGUUUUGUCGCGAAUGUAAUAACAUUCUAUAUCCUAAGGAAGACAAGGAGCAAGCGAUUCUCCUGUACGCUUGCCGUAAUUGUGAACACCAGGAAGCAGCGGAUAACAAUUGUGUUUACAGAAACGAGGUUCAUCACUCUGUAAGUGAACAAACUCAAAUCCUAUCCGACGUUGCUUCUGACCCAACUCUUCCUCGUACCAAGGCUGUGCGCUGCGCCAAGUGUCAACACGGCGAGGCAGUCUUCUUCCAGGCUACGGCUAGAGGCGAGGAAGGAAUGACUCUGUUUUUCGUUUGCUGCAACCCGAAUUGUAGUCACCGUUGGAGAGAAUAGAGCUGUAGAAGAUUACAUUUUUCUCAUGUAACGUGUUCUUGAGUUCCUCAUUAAGAGUUUUAAUACAUUCAAUUGGAGUAUUCUGUGUACAAGUAUGAAUACUGUGGGAGUGUUCUCGAGUUCUUGAACUUUCAGGGUCUUUUAUGAUCAAUUUGGUUCUAAAUUGGGUCUAAUUAUAAA